GCACGCCAGGCUGGGGGCGAUUGCGAGGGGCCGCGCGCGGAGGGCUCCGGGCGCAGCAUGGGCGGCCCGCGGGCCUGGGCGCUGCUCUGCCUCGGGCUCCUGCUCCCGGGAGGGAGCGCCGCGUGGAGCGUCGGGGGAGCUCCGUUCUCUGCGCGCAGGAACUGGUGCCCCUACGUGGUGACCCGCGCCGUGUCAUGCCACGUGCAGAAUGGCACCUACCUGCAGAGGGUGCUGCAGAACUGCCCCUGGCCCAUGAGCUGCCCUGGGAACAGCUACAGGACGGUGGUGAGACCCACGUACAAGGUGAUGUACAAGAUGGUGACGGCCCGCGAGUGGAGGUGCUGCCCCGGGCACUCGGGGCCGAGCUGCGAGGAAGUUGCAGGCUCCUCUGGCUUCGUGGAGCCCGGGUGGUCGGGCAGCGCCUCGCGGCGGGUGGCACUUCAGCGUACAGGCUUCUCAGGUUGUCUCAACUGCAGCAAAGUGUCGGAGCUGACGGAGCGGCUGAAGGUGCUGGAGGCCAAGGUGGCGGUGCUCACUGUCACGGAGCGGGCAGUGCCCCCGACCCCAGCUGCCCCCGAGGACCCCGCCCCACUCUGGGGUUCCCCGGCUGUCCAGGGCAGCCCCGGGGAUGGAGGCCUCCGAGGGCUGCCGGGAACCAGAGAAAACCAGAGGCCCCCUCUGCUCCCUCGAGAUGAUCGAGUUGGUGCCCGGGGGCUUCCUGGGCCCGCUGGCCCCAAGGGAGACCCUGGCAGCCGGGGCCCGAUGGGGAUGAGAGGCCCACCAGGUCUGCAGGGCCCCCCAGGGAGCCCUGGCCAAGUGGGAGCUGUGGGCAUCCCGGGAGAGAGGGGACCUCCAGGGCCCCCAGGCCCUCCUGGCCCCCCUGGGCCCCCAGCCCCUGUUGGACCACCCUACACCCGGAUCUCCCAGCAUGGGGACCCGUUUCUGUCCAACACCUUCACUGAGACCAGCAGCCACUGGCCCCAGGGACCGGCUGGGCCCCCAGGCCCCCCAGGACCCAUGGGUCCUCCUGGACUUCCUGGUCCCAUGGGGAUUCCUGGGAGUCCUGGACAUAUGGGACCCCCAGGCCCCACUGGACCCAAAGGAACCUCCGGCCACCCUGGAGAGAAGGGCGAGAGAGGACUGCGGGGGGAGCCUGGCCCCCAAGGCUCCAUGGGGCAGCGGGGAGAACCUGGCCCCAAAGGAGACCCUGGUGAGAAGAGCCACUGGGAAGACAGAUGCCUGAGCUCUCUCAGAACAGACCUCAAACUCAGAACCACCUUUGGGAGAGACUUCCACCGCCAUGAGGGGGAGGGGUUGCACCAACUACGCGAGGCUUUGAAGAUUUUAGCUGAGAGGGUUUUAAUCUUGGAAACAAUGAUUGGGCUCUAUGAACCAGAGGGGUCGGGGGCAAGCCUCGCCAGCACAGGCACCCCCAGCCUCCUGCGGGGCAAGAGGGGAGGACACACGGCCAGCUACCGGAUCGUGGCCCCCAGGAGCCGAGACGAGAGAGACUGAGGGUGGUGGUGGCCCCUUGGGGAGGGCCAGCCAGGCUUCCCUUCCCAGCCUGGCCUGGGCCAGCUGCCUCUGGGGUCUGCCUGCCCAUAUUUAUUGAUAUCCUCAGGGUUCCUUCCACCACCUAGGCCUUUGGGUGGGGGUCUUGGUCCUGGCACCCCAUGUGCCUCUGCCUCCUAUGAGGCUGAGCAGGGACUGGGGCCUGAGAGGGGGGCAUGGCCCAGGUGAGAGGUGAGGCCUUGCUCAGGGCCCUGGGCCUCAGUUUCCCUCUGUGAAAUGGGGUUAUGGAGGUCUGCGGGUUUGGAGCUUCUGUCGUCUCACCAACUGCCCAGCCCUCCACACGCCCAGGGAUGACGAGGGCGGGCAGUCCCGCCUCCCGGCUCCCCAGCCAAACCUGGGGGGCCCGCCUGUACCCCUCCUCAUUUUCUGGUGCUGGUUUCCUGACCCUGAGGUCAAGCUACCUGAUCUGACUGGAUGUCCAGGGCUCCUUGUGUCAGUUCUGACCCCUGAACCCUCGGUCCCUUCCAUGGUCCAGAGGAGGGGGCCACCCGCUUCCACAACCGCUUGUGACAGCCCCAGCAGGUAGAUGUGUAUCAGCCAAUAAAGGCCCCCACCUGACUGCCCA